UCAAACAAACAACUUCUAAAGGGUUCAAAGCAAGAACAAACCAAACUCACCCUCUCAUUUUGGUGCCUUUUGAGUUCCGUUACUCCCCAAAUUUUCUCAAGCAAAAACCAAACCCAAAUUCAAAAGCUGUUUUCUUUCUUCUUUCACUUGGCUUAACUCAAAAUGCCCAGCCUCAACACCCCGCAGCUCCUUGUCUCCUUCCUCAUCUUCCUAGCCACAGCAAAUUUCCCCAGCAACAUCAAAGCAUCAACCAACACCAACGACGUCUAUCAGCCCUGUUCCGACACCAAGGUUCAAAAGUCCGAUGGCUUCACCUUUGGCAUAGCGUUUUCUUCCAGGGACUCUUUCCUCUUCAACCAGUCUCAACAACUUUCCCCCUGUGACCGUCGAAUUUCUCUUUCUUCUUUGAACUCUCAACUCGCUGUCUUUAGGCCUAAAGUCGAUGAAAUCUCCCUCCUCACUAUUAAUACUUCCAGUUUCUUCCCGGAUACUUAUGGUGGGUAUAUGGUAGCAUUUGCCGGUCAAAAAUAUGCUGCAAGAUCCAUCCCUGCAUUUGUUGCAAACAGCACAUACAUCGUAACUAGUUUUACUCUGGUUCUUGAGUUUCAGAAAGGUAGGCUACAGAAUUUAUACUGGAAGAGAGAUGGAUGUGCUUCGUGCGCAGCCAAAUCCAAUUUCUUUUGCCUUAACAACCAAGAUUGUGCUAUCAAAACAACAGACUGCAAAAACCGAGGGGGUUCUGUAGAUUGCAGCCUUGGGAUACAGCUUGCCUUUUCUGGUACGGACAAGCAUCUUGCUGUUCUCAACUCAUGGUAUGAAGUGGAAAAUCUUAGGCAAUAUUCGCUCUACAGUUUGUAUUCAAAUCUUCGUGAUUCACUUACCAGCCAAUACAGCAACUUAUUUUAACACUUGUGACAUGCAGAAUACAGAUGAUUGAGUUUUAUCUUCAGUUGUAAUGAUGUUUUUAAGUUUUUAGUGUCUUAGCUGCCUUGACCCUCACCCUUAAAUUAUCAAUUAUGUUGAUGAUCUAACCAUUGUAGUAAAUGCAAUUGGAUGACCAACAUCUUUGUUAAGUAUGCACCUAUAUGAUUUUACGUUUAAAUGAAGUGUGAUUUUGAUUCUAUCAUGUACACAAGUUACAAUUUC